AUGCAGAUACUCACCUUACUUCCGUUUUUGAUGGAGCUCAGAAUAAAUUUCCCACCUUUCGACAGAACUCUGGAAUACAAUUAUAAUUUAAGAAAAAAUAUUACGGUAUUCAGGGAUCCUCUCCAAACUACACUAUAUACUGGAUCAGUAACAUGUCAGACCGAGGCAACGACGAAUAAUUCCCUUCUCUGUCUUUUGCAUUAUAUUGAUGUUUACUCAAGCUUAACAUUUGAAACUCUCAACACUACAAACGAGGUCACAUAUGAGAAAUACUACCCCGAUGAUUGGUUUAUAAUUAAGUUUAAUAAGCAUGGCAUAGAGGAAUUACUUGUGAAUUCAACCACUGACAAAAAAGAUUUGAUUAAAGAGAUCGCUUUUCAAUUUCAUAUUGGUGGUGAAAUAAUCCCCAAGUACGUUAUGAAAGAAAAAUUAGUAGUAGGCCAUUGCAUGACGUUAUUCAAUGUAAAUUCGUCAAUUGACGAAUAUAAGGGCGCUGAGAAGGAAUUGGAAAAACAAAUUAUAUUACCUAUCUAUGCAUCCUAUUACGAAGGAAACAGUCGAUAUCGGGGCCACGAAAGACAUGUACAUAUAUAUAUUGAGAAGAUCAGAGACGACUGCCAGUAUUCCUUGCCAUUUUUUGAUUUUUUGAAUGGAAUGGAAGUGGCAAAAUAUAUUCAUGCAAUAGAAAUACUCGAUGAUAAAUUAAAUAUUUCCACCACAAUGGACGUACGAUUACCAGCUGAUCCAUGGAAUCCUAAAGGAACACUUGUAUUUAGGGAAACAACGCAGCUUGACCUAAUUAGCAUUACAUCUAGAACUAAAGUUUUUCAUUCUUAUAUGAGGGAUAAUUACCGGUGGAUUGAUUUAAUGGAGUGAUUUACUCUAAUCAAAUAUAUCAAACUUUGAAAACACACACACACACACA